AUGCCCACGUGGAAGAGAAGUCUUAUGUGGAGGUACGCCAUGGCAAUUCGCUGUAUUGAGUUAGAAAUGCUGGGCGAGAGCGGUCUUUCAAAUCUGCAUGCGUGGUGCGCCGCCACGCGCUUGGCCGGCCCUUGGGAUCAAGGAGCCGAGGUAUCCUACCAGCGGGGAAACGAGCAGAUUGAGUCCUGCUUUUCGGAAAUUCUGUCUAGGAGAUCAGGCUACACGUUCAAUUUGUCAAAUGUGGAUUAG